GUUUAAUGCUGGUGGCUGGCCACUGGGUCUUGUGACUCUGCUGCUGUCUGCGGGUCUCUGCUAACAUGAAGGCUGCUCUGAAGUUCACUGUAGUGCUGCUGAGCCUCUCUUUAGUCAGUGGUCUGCAGUUUAACUACGUGGAUGACAUUGAGGAAGAGCAGCAGCCCGUUAAAGACGAGUCCAAGUACGGAUCCCUGUGGCCUCUGCCUCAGAAAAUUCAAAUCUCUGAGAUUUCAUUCAAGCUGACGAGCGUGAGCUUCAGAAUAGUUGAUGGUAAAGAUUCAUCGGCUGGUCCGAGCUGCAGCCUCCUCAAGGACGCCUACAGGAGGUAUUAUGAGUACAUGUUUGGCAGCGCUAAGAAGCGGUCGUUGAGUAAAAGCAGGAGAACAGGCCCUUCUGAGCUGACGGAGCUGCAGGUGUGGAUCACAUCACCUGACUCUGAAUGUGACGGAUACCCCAGUGUGACUUCUGACGAGUCAUAUGAACUGUCGGUGGAUCAGCCGUACGCCGUCCUCAAAGCGCCGAAGGUCUGGGGAGCCCUGCAUGGCCUGGAAACUUUCAGCCAGUUGGUGUAUGAGGAUGAAUAUGGAGCUAAAAGCAUCAAUGCGACCCAGAUCAGCGACUUCCCCAGGUUUGCUCACAGGGGAAUCUUACUGGACACCUCGCGGCAUUACCUGCCCAUCAAAGUCAUCCUGGCCAAUCUGGAAACAAUGGCGAUGAACAAAAUCAAUGUCUUCCACUGGCACAUCGUGGAUGAUCAGUCGUUCCCUUACCUGAGCCGAAUGUUCCCACAGCUCAGUCAGCAGGGAGCUUACCACCCUUACACCCAUAUCUAUACCCCUGCUGAUGUGAAGAUGGUGAUCGAGUUCGCCCGGCUGAGAGGCAUCCGCGUCAUCCCUGAGUUCGACACUCCAGGACACACUCAGUCCUGGGGCAAAGGUCAGAAGGAUCUGCUCACACCGUGCUACUCCGGCUCCUCGCCGUCCGGUACCUUCGGCCCGGUUAACCCCAUCCUGAACACCACCUACGACUUCAUGAGCCAGUUCUUUAAGGAGAUCAGCACGGUGUUCCCCGACGACUACGUCCACCUGGGAGGAGACGAGGUGGACUUCACCUGCUGGAAGUCCAACCCUGACAUUCAGGAUUUCAUGGCUCAGCAUGGCUUUGGAAAAGACUACAGCAAACUGGAAUCCUUCUACAUCCAAAAACUCUUGAACAUUGUCACCUCUACCAACAAAGGCUACAUGAUCUGGCAGGAGGUCUUUGACAAUGGCGUUAAGCUCAAGGCAGACACAAUAAUCCACGUUUGGAAAGGAAACCAGCAGCAAUACCAGAAUGAGAUGGCAAAUGUAACCUCAGCAGGGUACCAGACCCUGCUGUCCACUCCCUGGUACCUGAACCGUAUCUCCUACGGCCAGGACUGGCGGAGCCAUUACAAGGCCGACCCUCAGGAUUUCCAUGGAACUGAAGCACAAAAGAAGCUUGUGAUUGGUGGAGAAGCCUGUUUGUGGGGGGAGUAUGUGGACGGCACCAACCUGACACCCAGACUGUGGCCUCGUGCCAGCGCUGUGGCAGAGCGGCUGUGGAGCGCCAAAGAGGUGACGGACAUCAAUGAUGCCUUUAACAGAUUGUCCUUGCACCGCUGUCGGAUGGUGGAGCGUGGGAUCCCAGCUGAGCCGCUGUUUUCCAGCUUCUGUCCUCAUGAGUACAGAGGCGUCUGAGAACAGUCGAGCAGAGGAUCACAAAAAGGGAAGAAAAGGAACAAAAUGAAGUCGGCCUCUGCCAGGAAAUCAAAUGCUGAGCUGCCUUUGUAGAAAUGUCACUGUGCUGUUAAUCUAAGUCACAUCAACCUUUUUAAACCUGCAGAUCAACACAACUCUGAACCACAUCAAACGUGAAUUUAUGAAUGCACUCUUUGUUUUUUAUGAAUGUUUGUAUGAUGAUUGUGAAUAAAGAUGUUUAAAUUUUA